AUGUCUUCGGCGAGAUACGAUCGAGCCAUCACGGUUUUUUCUCCAGAUGGUCAUUUAUUACAGGUUGAAUACGCUCAGGAAGCCGUUAGAAAAGGUUCAACUGCGGUCGGAGUGAGAGGGCAAAACUGCGUAGUUUUAGGAGUAGAAAAGAAAUCCGUCGCAAAGCUUCAGGAAGAUAGGACAGUGAGAAAAAUUUGUUUGUUAGACGAUCAUGUCGUAAUGGCUUUUGCUGGUUUAACUGCCGAUGCUAGAAUUUUAAUCAACAGAGCACAGAUCGAGUGUCAAUCUCAUAAAUUGACCGUCGAAGACCCAGUAACGUUAGAAUAUAUUACUCGAUACAUAGCUACGCUAAAGCAGAAAUACACUCAAAGCAAUGGUCGUAGACCUUUUGGAAUCUCUUGCCUUGUGGCAGGGUUUGAUUAUGAUGGAGCACCUCACCUGUUUCAAACAGAGCCUUCAGGGAUUUUUUAUGAAUGGAAAGCAAAUGCAACAGGAAGAAGUGCCAAAACUGUUAAAGAGUUUUUAGAAAAGUAUUAUGCAGAUGAAGAAGUUCAAACGGAAAGCGGAGCUGUAAAAUUAGCUAUAAAAGCUUUACUGGAAGUUGUCCAAUCAGGUCAUAAAAAUUUAGAAAUUGCAGUUAUGAGAAAAAAUCAACCUAUGAAAAUGUUGACACCUGAAGAAUUAGAUUCUUAUGUAACUGCCAUUGAAAAAGAAAAAGAAGACGAAGCGGAGAAAAAGAAACAAAAAAAAAUAUGA